CGUGGUCCGCUGCGACUGCGCCAGGUGGGGCCCGCAGCCGCCUCCCCGCCAGGCUGUCCCCGCGGCCGCCUGGCCGCCCUACCUUCUUUCCGCCUGCCCGCCGGCCUGCCCGCCCGCCCGCCCCAGGAGUUAACCAAGGCGCAAUGAAGAGCUUCUUACAGUGAAAGGAAAGUAGGUCGCACCCACUGAAAAUGCCUUUGAGGGACAAAUACUGUCAAACUGACCACCAUCAUCACGGAUGCUGUGAACCAGUUUAUAUCCUGGAACCUGGAGAUCCUCCUUUGUUACAGCAACCACUACAGACAUCCAAAUCUGGUAUUCAACAAAUAAUUGAAUGCUUUCGAUCAGGAACUAAACAACUUAAGCAUAUUUUAUUAAAAGAUGUGGACACUAUUUUCGAAUGUAAAUUAUGCCGCAGUCUCUUCAGAGGAUUACCAAAUUUAAUUACCCAUAAGAAAUUCUACUGCCCACCAAGUCUCCAGAUGGAUGACAACCUUCCUGAUGUAAAUGAUAAACAAAGCCAAGCCAUAAAUGAUCUCCUAGAAGCCAUAUAUCCAAGUGUGGACAAGCGAGAAUAUAUUAUUAAGCUAGAACCCAUAGAAACGAAUCAAAAUGCAGUGUUUCAGUAUAUUUCAAGAACUGAUAAUCCUACUGAAGUCACAGAGUCAAGCAGUACUCCUGAACAAACUGAAGUUCAAAUACAGGAAGCUAGUACUGAACAGUCUAAAGCAGUCCCAGUUACUGACACAGAGGUGGAAACUGUAGAGACCCCUCCUGUUGAGAUUGUUGCAGAUGAAGUUGUACCUACAUCUGAUGAGCAACCCCAGGAAUCACAGGCUGACUUGGAAACUUCUGACAAUUCUGAUUUUGGUCACCAGUUGAUAUGUUGUCUUUGUAGAAAAGAAUUCAAUUCUAGACGAGGUGUUCGCCGCCACAUUCGAAAAGUGCACAAGAAAAAGAUGGAAGAACUGAAAAAGUACAUUGAAACUCGAAAGAAUCCAAACCAAUCCUCUAAAGGACGCAGUAAGAAUGUUCUAGUUUCAUUAAGUAGGAGUUGUCCAGUAUGUUGUAAAUCAUUUGCUACAAAAGCGAAUGUAAGGAGGCAUUUUGAUGAAGUUCAUAGAGGACUAAGGAGGGAUUCAAUUACUCCAGAUAUAGCAACAAAGCCUGGGCAACCUUUGUUCCUGGAUUCUGUUUCUCCUAAAAAAUCUUUUAAGACUCGAAAACAAAAGUCGUCUUCAAAGGCUGAAUACAAUUUAACUGCAUGCAAAUGCCUCCUUUGCAAGAGGAAAUAUAGUUCACAAAUAAUGCUUAAAAGACAUAUGCAAAUUGUCCACAAGAUAACUCUUUCGGGAACAAACUCUAAAAGAGAGAAAGGCCCUAAUAAUACUGCCAGCAGUUCAGAAAUAAAAGUUAAAGUUGAACCAGCAGAUUCUGUAGAAUCUUCACCCCCUUCCAUUACCCAUUCUCCACAGAAUGAAUUAAAGGGAACAAAUCAUUCAAAUGAAAAAAAGAACACACCGGCAGCACAGAAAAAUAAAGUUAAACAGGACGCUGAAAGCCCUAAAUCAACUAGUCCGUCGGCUGCAGGUGGCCAGCAAAAAACCAGGAAACCAAAACUUUCAGCUGGCUUUGACUUUAAGCAGCUUUACUGUAAACUUUGUAAACGUCAGUUUACUUCCAAACAGAACUUGACUAAACACAUUGAGUUGCACACAGAUGGAAAUAACAUUUAUGUUAAAUUUUACAAGUGUCCUCUUUGCACUUACGAAACUCGUCGGAAACGUGAUGUGAUACGACACAUAACUGUGGUUCAUAAAAAGUCAUCUCGCUAUCUUGGGAAAAUAACAGCCAGUUUAGAGAUCAGAGCUAUAAAAAAGCCUAUUGAUUUUGUUCUAAAUAAAGUGGCAAAAAGAGGCCCUUCGAGGGAUGAAGCAAAACAUAGUGAUUCAAAACACGAUGGCACUUCUAAUUCUCCUAGUAAAAAAUAUGAAGUAGCUGACGUCGGUAUUGAAGUAAAAGUCACAAAAAACUUUUCUCUUCACAGAUGCAAUAAGUGUGGAAAGGCAUUUGCCAAAAAGACUUAUCUUGAACAUCAUAAGAAAACUCAUAAGGCAAAUGCUUCCAAUUCACCUGAAGGAAACAAAACCAAAGGCCGAAGUACAAGAUCUAAGGCUCUUGUCUGAUAACUUCAAGUGAUGUACGAAAAGGUUUGGAGUUCAUUUUUGUGGAAAGAUUUUAAAUUGGUGUUAGAACCACUUACGUCUUCACAUGGUACUAUGAGAGAAAAAACAUUUUCAUAAAAUUUCAACUGUAAUUCUGUUUUCUUACUAAAAUAAUAGCCAUCUAACUACUUGUUUUUAAGGCAAUGCCUAUUCCACCACUUUCAAGUAGAUGUGACAUUACAUAUCGUCAUCACAGUCCAUCAGCUAACCACCUUCACCUUGACCUUGUGAAUUUGGUCUACAGUUUCUACAAAAAUGUUGCAAAUUUUGUUUUCCACAUAAUUUGUUGAUUAAAGUCAUCAACAACCUGAAAAAAUAUCGGUUUUUAAUUGACAGAGAUUUUAUAUCUUAGUGAUUUUUAGCUGUUUCACUGUAUUUGGCAAAUUUUUUUCUGGAUUGUACAGAUAUAUGAUUUUCUAGUGAGUGUAUAUUAGGAACAAAGACAGCUUAGUGUCAGCACAUUAUAAAUAUUUAGUCUACUAAAUAUUUGUAAUCAUUUUUACAUCCGUUUAUUUCUAACUUGUUCUCUAGCAUUUAAAUCUUUGAAGUUUUAUUCUAAAGUAUAUACUUCAGGAAAGUUCCAGCUCAUUUUCAUGCAUGGAUCAUUACAUUUUUCAUUUAAACAUCUGAGGUUUUUAUGAAAAUUAAACAUUCCCCUAUUUAAAUUUUAUAUAAAGCACUUUAAUGAUAGAUGCAACCUUAUUUUUCAGUUUCUAUUUUUUUAAAGACCACACGUUUACUAAUGUUAAUAUGAAGGUAGUAAAUAGCUUCCUGAUGUUUUAUGGAUGCAGACAAUCCAUGCACAACCACUUCUAUGAUACUAGUUUAUUUCUUUAAACAUUGCUAAAAAGGAAGAUGGGGGUGUAAACCCUGAUUUUUUUUUUUUCCUCCCAAGAAAAAUUUAAAAUUACCACUUUAGCUAUUAUAUGAUUUCUACUGUAAAAUUUAGAAAAUAAUGAAUUCUUGUCCAUUUUUAUAAUCAAGAUUUUAGAAAAAACAGUAGUACAUCUAUCUUUAUGAAAUUUUGGGCAGGUUUUUGUGUAUCAAUGUUUUGUACUUUUUAGGGAAUAUUUUAUUUUUUAGUAAUUUGUGUCAAAUUAUAAUUUUAAAAGGUACAGCAGAAAAUAAUACCAUGUUUUUUAUAUAGGUUCAAAUCUGUACUUAGAAGGGACCCUGUCCAUCUAUAUACUUUUUGUAUAAAAUUUUAAAAUGUUUAAGAUUCACAAGGUCAUAAAAAUGCUCUAUAGCUAGAAAACAUUUACCCUCUUAGUGCUUUGCACUAAAAUAUACUGUGAAAGGAAAUUAGAAAGACUGUAAUUGUUGCUGGAAAUGUUCUAUAUUGAAUGUACAUGCUCUUGUUGGAAAAAUGUACUAUAUGUGAUGGAAAUAAACCAGACUCAAAGUUAUUUCAGCUAAAUGUGCUUCAACAAGGGUGCAUUGGUUGAAACUUAAAUGUUUUAUUAUCAAAUUUAAACUUUCAGUGACUAUGAGCAGCUACACUUGAAUUAUAACUUGAUAGUUUUAUUUUUAAGAAGUAAUGAUUUCUUUUUAAUUUAAAAACAUUACUUUUCCACAGAUGGAAAAUUUUUACUUGUAGGUUUAACUUUAAUUGGCUAAUAGCAUAAUAUAUUUAGGGACUAAAUGUGUAGGUGGUAUUUCAUUUAUAAACCAUUUUCAUUAGUUGCAUGUUAUUAAACCUGUAUGUUUUCCUUUUUGCAAGGUGUUAUCUUUUAUGCAUUCCUACACAUAAGACAUAUUCCAAAGUUAUUUUCCUCACUUAAGUAGCAAUAAUUAUUAAAAAGAAUUCUUAAAAGACAGAAUAGCUCUUUGAUACAUCUUAUCUCUGUAUUAGCCUUUUCCACUCAGCUUUACUUGUUAAAUACUGUAGGGAAGGAAAAAAAAAUAGCCUCAUAUCUGGGGUGAGGGGCAAUUGCUGGAAGACUCUUUAUUCCACCCACCAGUUUCCACAGGACCAUUCAUAAUGUGUCUCCUCCUUAAUAAUUCACAACAGAACUUAAGGAGAAAAUGAGAGUUCCAGGGACUGUUGAAAGAUUUCAUCUGGGUCAUGUAGAAAAAACAGCACUGUCAGGUCUUGUCUGAAUUAGAAGGGCCUAGAGAGAUUGGGAACAUUUUAUAAUAACCAAGUUAAUGGAUUAUGACAGAUAUGACCGAGGCUAUACUGAGACCACGUUAGAAAGGUAAAACAAGCAAUUAGAAAGUAUUUGUUCUUCUUAUUUCUUUCUAAUCAUUCAUCCUUAUUUGUUUUUAUUUUGACUCUUGAGUUCUGUCAUUUCAGAGUCUCAGGCUUGGGGCUCUUGAGGACAAGAGGUUUAAGAAAUUUGUGCCAGAAUCUUUUGUGCAGAUAGGUUGUAUAAGUAAAUGUUUGUGUGACUUCUUUGUUUUAGUGAGUAGUAAUUAAGCAUAGAAAGUGCCAUGAGAAACUGCUUAUUUUACAUUAAGAUCUAACUCUGGUUAUAAAUUAUAUCUACUGCUAUUAUAUCAUUUAAUAGUUUUUCUGUAGAUCAUCUUAUCUUCCUAAGGAUACUUUUCAUUGCUAAGUGUGGUGGAAGAGAGCAAUAUUAACAUGUAUGUAUAGUUUUGUAUUUCAGCUUCCGAAGUUUGGAUAGUAAAAGUGAGCUGGAUGAGGGCCCACUGACAGUGGGCAAAAGUUCAUUAGAACAUAUAGAUAUCACUUGAAUAUGCAACAAUCACUUUUGGUUCAUGCCUCUAUUUUCCCCUUUUCUUAUCCUUACUUGAAGAAAGAAACCUUUGAAAAAAAUAUUUAUAUUACCCAUCCUUAAUUUUUAACCAAAUUUUGUAUAUCUGAACUAAGUUUUUUGAUUGAGUGCAGAUUACUUUUAUUGCUGGAAAGUACAUCACUUUUUUUUUUUUUUUUUAGAAAAAUAUACUUGCUGUAAAUCUUUCUACUCAAUUUGCUUUAAAACUAUGGAUGCAGUAGCACAAAGUCUUGCGGUUUUGCUGUGGCUUGAAGUUAUGGGUAGAGAAGGAGUAGUUUUCCUAUAGGUGCUAAGGCAAAGAUGUAUGGAAAUAGGCACAAAUGGAUAUCAUUCAUUAUUGUGGACUUGCAAAAGAUCUUUUUGAAUAGCACAACAACUGAAAAUGAGUUAGAAAUGCUUCUAAAGUUUUAGAAAUUAUGUUUCUAGGCAUUCUAUAGUGGCCCCAGGAAAUAUUCUAGUUUCUUACUUUGGAGUUAUAGAAGUUAUUUUUCCAAUGGAGUCCGUAGUGUACCGGAAUAAUGAUUUAGCCAUGGCAUUCAGCUGAUCUGAAGACAGGCUCUAAGGUAUAUAUGCAGCAUGAUGUUGACUGUGCUCUUAGAUGAAAUCCUUCUGUACUCUAUGCUGUUCUUAUCCCUCUCUCUGGCUUUAAGAGCCAAAAGGACUGUGGAUUAGCAAUCUUAGGAGCAGCUAUUAGUUUGGUUUCUUAGGCAUUAGGCAUGUGGUAGAAUGCAAAAUAAAAAACCAUGUUUUACUUAAACUUACCUACAAUUAUCUUGGCUUUUCCAGCUUCCCAAAUUCAUUCCUCCCCUCUCUCAUAAUUUCUUUCUAUAUCCCUUUCCUCUGAGCUUCAGUUCUUAUCUUGUCUUGUUCUCUUCUGGUUAAUUAAAAGAGAUCCUUGGUACUAAGAUAGCUAAAAUGUUUUUUGGAAGCAAAGUAAGCGCAUGGAAAGUACACCUCAUUUCCUCUUGAAUCUUUGUUGCUCUACACUGGAUUUGGGAAGAAGUGUAUUUUCAAGCUAUUUAUUUUUGACACUACACCACCAGAAGCAGGGUGUAGGGGUGUUUUAACAAAGACCUAGUUGGGGGGAAAAGCCCAAAGCUAGACAUUUUGGUGUUUUGCCUAUUCAGUAGAAUUAAUUUACUUGAUUAUGUGUUUUUGCUGUCAGGGACUGUCUUGAUAAUUUCAUACUGUGCCUAGCAUGUUUUCAUGUGUAGGCACUUUAAAUAAAUGUUUGAUGAUGGUAUUAAACAAACAGCCUUUCCAUUUCAAAAUUAUUCUAUCAUAUACUUUGAGAUUUUUGAGUCUUAAUUUUGUAAACUUUCAUUAUCCCAAUAUUGAUGGAUCUCAUUUAAUUUAGAAAAUACCAUCAGUACUAAGAUGUUUAUGAAAAUAAAGAUAAUUCUGAGUAAUAGCUAAUAAUAACACUUAUGGAGUGUUUGUAUUAUGCCAAAUUAGCUGCUCUUUAUAUGCAUGAUACCCUUAAUCCUACCAAAAGUCCUACAAAGUAAGACCUUUUUCUUCACUAUCCUUAUUUUUUAGAAAUAAAAUAAAGCUUAGGGAAGUUUAGUGAUGUACUGAGGCUUACAUAGCUAGUAAGAGAGCUGAUCUUAUAUCUCACAACAGUUUGUGCCCUCAGUGCAACCUUACAUUUGCACAUUUUACCAUUUGCAAGAACAUUCAGUGUAUUAUUGGCAGCCUAAUGUAAUGAUUGGGAGCUAGAUUAAUUGGUGAAAAUUUGGGAUUCACAAAUUGUUUUCUAUGUGACCUUGUGCAGGUUUACUCAGACAGUUCGUGCCUUAGUGUUACCUCACCUAUAACAUGGAGAUGAUUUUUCUUACUUCAGGUUUGUUCUGAGGAUAAGAUGAAAAAUACUUGUAAAGUACUUAGAACAGCGCCUGGCAUGUUAAAAUAAAUAUUAGAUGUUAUUAUUGUAAGUCACUUGCAUAGCAUGUUCAAAUAUGCAAUUUUAUUGCCUACUAAAAUUAAAUUUAGAUAGAUAUUUGUGCAUUAGAACAGAGAACUUCAUUGCACAUCAGAUUUUAUCUGCUGCUUGUGUGUUUAUUUGGGAUUUUGAAGACAACCAACUAUAUUAUUUGCUAUUAAAUUCUUUUCUAGUCAGACAUUAGUAGUUUAUCAUUCUUAGAAAUUUGUUUUGCAAAGGCAUUAGGGAAUUUUAAGCACGUUUAUUAAGAUAGACUUUGCUUUUAUGAUUUCCUACCAGAACAAACCAUCUGUCUCAAAAUUCUCAUUAGUAUCCAUCUAUCACCCAGAUAUUUUUGAUCAUUGGAAAAUAUUGACAUGGAUCAAAUUUUAAUUGGAAAAUGUUGCUGAAAUAUUUCAUAAACAAGUUAGAGAUAUGUAGUACUAUUUGAAAGAAAGCAUUCGAUUGUGGAAAGAAUAGAUUCCUCAGGAGAGCACCAUUUAGCUGAGUCAGAAAUUUCUUUGGUGAAUGUGUCAUGAAGAGAUAAAAAAGAAACGGCAUUCAUCAAAAACCCUGCCCAUGGUAGUCAUUAGUGUUAGUUCUCCAAAUUUCAGCUAAGACCUUAUUACUGUUAAAUUAUCUGCUGGGGAAGUUUACCUACAUACCCAACUGUUCUUGAGCUUUCUUUUUAAGGGUGAGGGAAUGAUUUUAGGACUUCUUGUCUUCCAGGACUAGUAUAAUUUGCAUUAUCAGAGAACCCUUGUUUCUAGGUUUGGAUGAACCUUUGUGUUUUGAACUUCAGAUCUGAUGCUGGAGUUCUUACACCUGGAUUGUGUGGCUUCUUAAUGGUUUAAAUGUUUCAGGUAUCUGAGCCAUAUUCCUGACACACAAAACAUUGUAAUGUUUAAGUGAUAGAAUGAUGCAGUUGAAAAAACAGCCAAAGCAAAAUAAGCCAAAACAAAAAAUUUAAAAACCCACCCCACUUUGGAUGAUUGAGUAAUAGUAACUUGCAUCCUGUCUGGUGUCCUGCUGUAUAUAAUCUGGUAAUACUUUAAAUACAAGAGUUUGUAAUUAUGUUAUGUCCAAAUGAGAAAUUAUUACAUCAGAAUGAACCUUAAAUACAUAUAGUUUUCAUUACAAUUUGGCUUUCAAAUGUUGAACUUUAGUCCCUUCUAUUUGUGGAAUUAUCUUGAAAAUAAGCUCUAAGAAAUAGAACUGUAUCUUUUAGUCAGACUUACUUUCUUGGCUUUGCAAACAUUUAAAAAAAAAACAGUUGAGACUGUUCCUGAGUAUCUAGGUGUUUUUGGCACACUUGAACUUAUACCUGCUAGUUUUGACUGGGUGGAAAGAAAAAGCAAGGACUACUUCUAAGGAAAAACUAGUGAAGCACUAGAAACAUAGUAUGAACAAAUGGUUGAAUUACAUGAAAAAAAGACUUUUAGGGAAAGAAUUUUUAUGUAGUUUAAUUUUUGACAGAAGUUGUUAGGAAGAUAUAAGCUUCAUAUAGGAGAGUAACCAUGUUAUUUUAAUUCCUUUUGCUUAUUAGAUACAUUGAGUCCCUUGGGAUGCAACCCAUGUGACAUUUGAGGAUUCUGAGCACUUUCCUUUGUGUAGGCAGACUUUGGGAAGAUAAGCUAAGCUAAUGGACCAUAAAGUUCAAGUUUAUGAACACAUUUAGUGAAAUUUAUGAAUGAUUUUCAAGACUUAGAUCAUCAAGUUAUACUUUCUACAAAACAUCUGCAUAAUUUUCCAAUUUGUCCUUUUUUUGCCUGGCCAUCUUGACUAUUUAACUGUUGUUCCAAUAUGAUUCUAAAGAAAACCAAUUCACUUAUUUGCCACAAAAUACCAACACAAACAGAUGUAUGUACACAUAAGAGCAAGAAAAAAGGAGAUGCUUUUGUUUCCUAUAACUGCCCUGAAUUUCUUUUUAAUCUUUAAUUGUACAAUUAUUAUGAUAUGGAUUGUUAAUUUUUAAGAUUUAGAAGGCCCUUCUCUAGAACAGUUGACUAGGUCUUAGUAACUGUUCAAACCACAGAUGGCACAAGAUGGAAUUGAGAUUCACAAUAUUUCAUUGCCAGCCAUCACCCAGCUUACUAUGUUGUCUGAUCACAGGUGUGUGCAUGCAAACCCUAAAAUAAAAAAAAAAAAAAAAACUGUGUUAUUAUGGUGGUGUUUUCUUUUUUCUUUUGGUUACAAGCACAAAAUUUUACUUGGUUUGUAACUAGUGAGGGGUUUGUUAGAAGGCUUUAUGGGCAGAGAGAGAGUGGCCAGGACUUAACAGGAAUCAAGGAGUAAUUGUACAACUUGACUUCACCAUAGAGAUUUCAGUUGCAUUGACUUUUCCUAGUUUCUGUAGGCAUUACAGGAAAAUUCAGUGAACCUGGUGUUGCCCUCUUAGGGGCAGAAGUAUGCUUUUUUGCUGCUAUUAGCCCUUUUUAGACUCUGGUUCUACUUAAAACAACACACAAAUAAUCUCAAUUAUACCUUCUCAGUAUGGUUGUAACCAUCCCAUUACUUUCUGCUGCCUGCCUUCUCUGUGUCUUUGAGCUAUAUUUUCUCUUCAUACAGCUUGAGUUCCAACUCUUAUAAGGAACAAUUCUGGUUGGUUCAGGUAGAUACAUUGUCUAAUGGGCAGAUCUCCCAUGCCAGAUCUCUGUAGGUUGCUGGCCAUUCUGCAGACUGGCUGCUCUUAGGACAGGUGCUCUCUGCUAGUCCUAUCGUUUGUGAUCAUGGUGGCAGAGUUAGUGGCAUAAGUCAUGGCCCUAAGCCCAGUAAAAGGAAUCUUUUGGUGAGAACCUUUUGAAAAGGGGCAGCGCUAGAAUGUAGUAAGCUUUCUAAUAUAUGUGCUUUUCUUUUUAAAAGGUGAUAGAGUUAAAGGCGGCCUGUGGUCUUGACAAUUAUUUGAAUGCUGAACCAAAAGCCCUUCCCAUACUGAGAAAUGUGGGGAAUAUUCCCUUGAUCUGCACCUGUAGUUCUUAUUCUGAACUGCCUGAUGCCAUUUUUGUCUUUGGCUUUGUAGAUUCAUAGACAGCCUGAAGUUUUCACUGAGAAAGAGCAAUUACGUUUUCUGUAGCAACAUAUUAGGCCAUUCUGGCAGUUGUUGCUGUUUUCCAGACACUCACAAUUAUGCUGCACAGUUUGAGUUGGUGAUUUAGUAAAUCCUUGAAGUAUUGUUUCUGCUUUUCUACUUGUAUUUUUAGCAUUUGGGCUUACUUUCAUUAGUAGCUAUAUAAUCUGUCAUUGAUUUCUCCAACAAUAGACACUGUUGAGUGUCCAUGAUGUACCUGGCAACAUUCUAUUCUUUUGGGGGAAAAGAACACUAGCUGUGUAGUUUGGGCAAGUUACUUCAUCUUUCUAAGCUUCAAUUUGUCUGUAAAAUGGUAGCAUUAGAAACUACCUUAUAGGUAGGUUGGUUGUGGAAUUUAUCAAAGUUGUGUAUAAUGUAUUUAGCACAAUGCCUCAUUCAAGUAAGAACUCAACAAAUAUUACUGUUGUUGUGAUCAUUGAAUUGGUAUCAAUUUGCUGCUGAAAUAUUUUCUAGCACUUAGUUUCUGGUUAUCUUGCUUUGCCAUUUGAUGUUCGUUGCCUCCUCCUUGACAUCAAUUCAACCGUUUAAUGAAAAGUCAGAUGUAACAUCUGUGAUAAAGCUAAGAUACACAGCGGUUUAUUAAGUUAGAGCAUAUCAUUAUUUUACGGACUUUUAAUCUGUGCUUUAGUUUCAUGUUUCAGCAGCAACUUUUAAUUGUCUAAGAAUUUGUUGAUCUUUUUGAUAUUUUGUUUCCUUAUUAUUGGUAUCUUAUUGAAUACUACAUCAUUUUGAGUAGUGAAACUCAGGGUUGGUUGGUUGGUUCCUUCAUUUGUUCCCCCCUUGCCACUCCUUCCCUUCCUGCUUGUCUCUCUCCUUUCCUUCCCUCCCUCCUUCCUCCCUACCCUUCCUCUUUUCUUUCCUUUUUUGGUAAGCAUCAGGCUGUGGAUAUUUGAACAUAUUUUGAGCUUACAAGCAAAUUAUGUCUUAUCUUUGUGUUACCAGUGCUUUGCAGUGUACCUGGCACAAAACAGGUGCUAGGAGAAUGUUGAAGGAAGUAAAGAAGGAAGGCUAGAACAUAUCAGUUACCUUCAGGCCUAUCAGUAGUCCACAGUCUGUCUUUGCUUUUACUUCUUUUCCCAUUACUUUAUCUUGUAAUAUGUGAGUUCCUCUUCAUUUUUGUUAUUCAUUGUCUCUGUCACCUGCCUCCUUUGUGUGAGCCUCCUAGCUUCUGCCUUUUUUACUAAGUAGUGAUGACAAGUUCAAGCUCAUGGCAGUGCUGUAUUGACCAUAUUAACCCAUAAUUAAUUAUAUACUGUAUGGGUAUGCAUUUAGUGAUUUUUGGAUAAUUCUUUUUAGGAUUUACCUUUGUUUAAUUCAUGCCUGUCUAAUACUAUGCAGUGCAGCUUACCUUCUCAGAUAAUGAAACCUAUCUCUCCUAUCAAAUUUGUUCCUCCCUUAUCUGUUCCCUGUCUCAAUUAUUCUUAACCCUUAUCCUUCCACUUACUUAAGCUGAAAGAGUACUGGCAAAUAUCUUAUUUCCCUUACACUCUACCUAAUCAAUGAUCCAUGCCUAUCCAUCGUGCCUCUGAAAAUUGUUCACACUUGUUUCCUCCUUGCUAUCUCCACUUUUAGUUUGUUUAGUGUGGAUUCUUAUCUCUUACCUUCACUAACUCAUCUCUUUUCUAAUCUUUCUUCCAUGCUGCUGCCAGAACAAUCUUCCUAAACUACAAAUGUGUUAUUGUAUGCUCAUUGCUUGAGUAAUUUAUCAUCUUUCAAGUCUCAGCUUAAAUGUCACUUCUAAAUAAAGUUAAUUUAAACUAUGUCUCCUCUGCAGUUAUGUGUCAUCUUUCUUUCUUUGUUGUCAUCUAAUAUAAUUUUAAGUGUGUUUAUAUUUGUGCAUUGAUUUGUUUAAUGUCUGUCUUCCCACUGCAGAGUAUGUAAGGGUCUGUGGGAAUUGUGUAGACCCUGUGCCUAGCACAAUGCUUGGGACAUAGUAGUGCUUAAAAACUAUCUGUUGAAUGAGUGGAUGGAUGAUAACUUAUCAGUACUGGCAAAAAGACAGAAUUUCAGGGGAGUAAAAGGAUCCUAGAAUCUUCCUACAUUCCGGUAGACCUUGGUCUGUAGAUCUAACCUUUCUAAAAUAGCAGUGGGCUCUGCCUUCUGCCUUUUGAAUUUAUUCCCCUAAGGAUGAGAAUCAACAAUUAUGUUACCCCACAUUCACACUUUAGUGAAGACACCGUAUAUCCUUUCCAACCAAAAGAUGGAACCAGGUUUGAUCAUGGUUCAAUUCAAAGCAAUUUUAAAUAUGUCACACAUCUUAUGGAGACAACUUGCAUUUCUGAGGAAUUCUUAUCAAGUAACAGAUCACUAGACCUUUUUCCUGUCUAAAUAUUAUUUCUGUGCAUUUCAUCCAGAAAGCUUUUUGGGAACGGUGGCUUUUAAGCUGGAGUAUAAAAUAAUUGUCUCUGUAGGAAUUGUGCACUGCUUGAUGUCAGAGACUUCUUCUUAUGGGGGUGUUCAAUAUGUAGUUUCUUGUUUAUCAAAGACCUUAGAGAUAAUCUGCUGAAAUUGAUAUUUCAGCUGACAGCAGCUUCUCAAAUUCUAAAGCUUAAAAACAAAAUGUUGAAUGGGGACUUUUCUAAAAGAUAUACUUUCCUUCUUUGUAAACUGAGUUUAAUUCAUCCAGAGUCACCACAGAUAGGUUAAAUAUGAAAUGUAUAGAAUGAAUGCUAAUCAAUGCAUGAGUUUAGUUCAUUGGCCAAACCUAAUUGACCCUUUACAUUUCUUUAUCUUUUAUUUACCCAUUUAUUCAUCCAUCUACACUUAAACAAUUAUUUUAUGCCAAGUUCUAUACCUAGCAUUUAGGAUUUGAGGAAAAAUAAGACCUGGUCACUCUCAAGAAGUGUUUAGACUUUUUUCAUGUCUUUCGUCCAGUUUAUGUAUUCAGCUGUCUGUUGGAUAUUUCCAUGUGAUUGUUCUUAGCCACCAUAUGAAAAACUGAAUGUAUCUUCCCUUUAUUGCAAAUAUAUACUACCUAGAAAUACAAGUUUUUCUUGACUUCUUCUUAGACCCAUAGCACACAUUUCAUCAUUCUUGUUGUAGUCUGCUAUUCUACUUGCUUAACAUGUCUUGAAUCUUCUCACUUUUACCCUGAGCCAUUACUGUUUCUUAGUUUAAUUUUCCUUUAUCAUAUAUCACUAGCCCUGAGGUAAUAGCUAGCUGACCCUUCUUCCACUUGGCUCCCUCUUGAGCUGUUACUCCAUACUGAAGCCAGAGUGUAAAAUCUUGAGUCAUGCUCUUUUCUACAAGGCCCUGUUGACUCAGCUUGAAAUGUCUCUUAUAUCACCCACCCUUACUCUCUCAGUACUCAUUUCUUCCCUGUCUCCAAGGCAGGAAUAGAUGUCCCUUCAUUGUACUCAUCUCACUCUCCACCUGUCCCUCAGAGAAAUUACUGCCAUGUUUUGUAAUUAUCUGUGUAUUUGGGUUUCCCUAAAAAGACCGAAAAGGCCCUUUGAAGCAGGGCUUCAUCCAUUCAUCCUUGCAUCCUCAGUGCCCAACAUGGAACCUGGUACAUAAGUAUGUGUCUAGUAGGACUUGUGGAGGGAAUGAGUUUUUGGGUAUCAAUAUCAGUUAAGUGAAUAUCAGUUAAGUGACCUGCAAAACUGCUCCAGAAGAAUUUAAAAAUCUUUAUUUUGGACUAUUAUUGAAAUAAGUACUACUAGUUUGUCUUUAUUCCUAACUUAAUUUAGUCGCUAAACAUAUACUUGCAUACUUGGAUUACAUGCCAAUAGUGAUAAUCUGUGAAGUUGAUAAAGUAGUUUUUCAUAUUUUAGUUCUCAUGUUUUUGACUUUCACUUUGCUAUUGAUUGAAUUGAGUAUUUGAAUUACUGUUAGUAUGAAUAAAGUUGCCUUCUUGGAUGACUCUUGUAAUAAAAAAAUCACAGGCUUGUGUUAGUGGUUCCUUGUGAUUUCAGUGUAAUGUCUUCCAACAAACAACAAUUUGGGUCUUUUUGGAAAAGGGUAGACUUCUAGGUUAACCUCAGUUUUUUGAAAAAAGACAUUAUUGAAUCUCCUGUGAAGGACUUUAUGUAAAUAUGCAAAUUAACAUUUGUCUUCUAUAAAAUGGAGUGCCUGAAGUAUUUUGUAUACAUAAACUGUAUUUCAGUGUUUGGUAUUUAAAGGAGUUCUAUAUUUUGGUAAAGCUAAAACUACUCGGGAUAUACUAAUUUAACUAGAAUAUGAAUUCAAAUUGCAUAUAAAAAUUACAAACAUACAAAUAUUUGAACUCCCUCCACAUCUAUCAGAUUGCAUUAUGUGGUAAUGGGAACUGAGCUUCUGGUUGAGAAGCAUUUCAGAUAUUUUUCAAAUUUUGGAAUAUUUGCACAUAUAUAUAAUGAGAUAUCUUAGGUAGGGACCCAAGUCUAAUCAUGAAAUUCAUUUAUGUUUUAUAUAUAUCUUAUAUCCAUAACCUGAAGGUAAUUUUAUACAGUAUUUUAGCAUUCUGCUUUUGCCUGUGAUCUAUCACAUGAGGUCAGAUAUGGGAUUUUCCACUUGUGACAUCAUGUCAGCACUCAAAAAAGAUUCUGAUUUUGGAGCAUUUCUGAUUUUGAAUUUUUGGAUUACUGAUGCUCUCAACCUAUAUUUUGUACCAGUAAUCUAGCUGAUUUGAUGGGUUAACCAGAACUACUUGACUAUAAAACUAGACAAUCUCAGACCUUAACAUAUAUACAGAUCUGUUUCUUAUUAAAAUGCAGAGCCUGACUUAGUAGUUCUGGGGUAGGACCCAAGAUUUUCCAGUUCCAAUAAACUUUCCUGGGAUGUCCAUGCCUCUGGCCUGUGAUUCACACUUUGAACUAUAAGUCUAUAAAAAAAAUACCCCUAUAUUUUUAAAGAUUGCCUUUUUUAAAAGUGUGAUAUACUUUUACCUACUCCUGUUCACAAGUUAUGAGUUUCUUGGGCUUCAGAUCCAGUCUAAAAUACUUUUAGAUAUUCUCCUUCAGUAAGGUUUCAAUACACAGAAGCUGAACCUUUGUCCUCCUUUUAUUCCUUGAGCAUCAGAUGUAUGAUAAAUGUGAAUCUGAAAGUAUUUUUCAUUUCUGACCCUCCUGUCAGUUGUGGUCCUUUUAGGUCAACUAAAGACAAAUAUGGGUAGAGCAGGUUGUCUGUUCAGGGACCAAUUGCUCUUAAGAGUAAAAGUUGACCCUCUGAAGAUGACAUGCAUUUUAUUCUCAGUAUGAUAUUGUUGGGAUAGAUGUGUUUAUUGGUCUUCAGGUACUGAAAAUUUUCUUUACUAAAAAAAUUUUAAUGUUUUGCUUCUAGGUCCCCUUCAUUUAAUUUUUAAUUUGAUAUGUUCAGUAUAGGGGUGGAAAUAGUUUUAUAGACUUUAAUCAUCUUUGCUGCUGAGACUUAAAAACAGCACAAACCUUACUGGGGUUGAUUAUAGGAAGUUGAAGGGAUCUGGGACUAUGAUGUUUUGGGGUUGUGGGGUUUAGGCAGCAAGAUUUGUUUAUCUUGUUUUGAUGCAUAGGUGGAACCCUAGGUAUGCAGGCAAACAAGUAUUUGCUAGAUUGAAUUAACCCAGAUUCCUUUUUAGCCUCUUGAGUGAUGCAAGCCUUUGUAUCACUUGUUAAUUAAAGAGUUUAUUACUUGUAGGGCUAGUUGUGUUUGAAGUGAGGUGUUUAUUUGCCUUUUAAAGACUGAAGAUUUUAACUUAAACUUUAUUGAACAGAAGGUGAAAAAUUGUUUAAAGUGUCAUCAGGGGAUAGAUUAAUACUAAUCAGAAAAUUAAAUAUUUUUUUCUAUAGAGCCUGUUCAGGUAUCACAGAUCAAAGCAUUUCAUGAGUAUUCGAAUCCACUCUCUAGACCUGCUUCACUUUGGUCCAUAGGCACACUAUGUUCUAACUUUGUGGGAGGCAGAAUCAGGCGCUAGGGUUCCAGAGAUAAGCCGUAGUUCCUCCUUGGUACUGUGGGAGAGGAGUACAUUGUAAGACAAGAGAAGUGGAAUAUUAAGGCACACUGAAGGGUUGCAAAGGUAUCUCAUAGUUUCUAAACUCAUUUUUGAGUUUCAAAAGAGCUAAACAAAAAAGUGCGCAGGUUGGUAUGGAGACCUGAAACCACAUUGCAGAUUAAGGGAAGGAAUAUGAGAAAGCAGAGGCAAAAUUUAAAAAGAUCUUACGAACCAAGUAGGUUGAACUUUAUUGUCAAGAUUAGGAGUAGCUUUUGAAAGGACAGGAACAUCUCAUGACACCAAAGAGACUAUUGGAAUGAGAGGAGAGAUAAGAGUUGUAUUAAGAAAAUCACUUAAGAGCCAGUGUCAGAAUUCUGUAUAAUAGAAUGAUGGGACUUGAAUUAAGGUAAUGGCAAUAGAGACUAUAGAGAAGGAUACAGAUGGAAUAGUUAUUUCAGAAGUGGAAUUUUGCAGACAGUGGAGAUGAAGACCUCUUGUAUGGUUUCUAGUUUUCAUCAUUCCAGUUGGGUGGGUGGGUGUUACCAUUCUUCAAGGUUGGAAAUACAGGAGGAGGAGCAAGCACUUUUCUGAGGGAAAUCUUGGAAAUUUUAGACAUGCUAAUUUAGAUGCUUGUGGGACAUCUAAGUGGAAAUGCUUAAUAGAGGCAGGAUAUGCAGGUUAGCUGCCAGGAAAGAGACCCCAGGGGCUAUGUUACUGUAGUUGUUGAAGCCACAGGUCUUGAGAUUACUAGGAAGAAUAAAUAGGAUCAGUAUUAUCUACUACCCUGUACAUCCUUUGGCUUAUUAGUUAAUUUAGCAGUACCUACUUUCUGUAUAUUUCAGGUUUUCAUUUGAGAAAUGGUAUUUGGCUAUCAUUAAUUCUCUCAUCUCUCUAUCCCCCAACCCCUGUUUAAAAAUAUGUAAUAUGAUUUAUAUGUGAUAUUACUCUGAGAAGUGUAAUUAUAAUAUUAUUAGGAAGUGUGAUUUGAUCUAUGUGUUGUAUUCACAGGGCUUUUGAGAUAAAAUCUCUUGAGACCUAUUUUAAAAGAUUAUUUUUUUUUAAAGGAAGUAUUUUUUAAAAAUAAAACAAUAUAUUAGUGUUCUUGGCCUGGACAAUAUUUGUUGGGUCCCAUAGUUUUGAUUUGUCCAGUUUGCAUGACAGUUUAGUCCCUGUGACUCUUGCCAAGACAGGAACUGUGUCUGUUUCAAUGUAGGCAUCAAAACUAGGGGGAGCCAUCUGAGUGAUAAGAUCUAACGGACAGACAUGGUCCAUGUGAUAAAUUUAAGUGAUUUAGUAUCCAUAUGCAGAGUCAAGGGGGAAAAUGAUGCUGUUAAAAGUUAAACAGGUGACUUGAAGUAUAUUAAUUUUACUUUGCAGAGGUGUGCUUUUUGGGCUCAUGAAUACUUAUUACAAUAAAAGGUAGAUCUUGCAUUGUCAUAUAUGUUCCUCUGACCCUCACUGGUUCUUCCCUCUUCAUCUCUUUUCUGAAGGAAGAACAUACUGAUAAAACUUACCUUGAUCUUGCCAUCUAGACAACUACUAGAGUUCAAAUAGAAAUUUUUGUCCCCUUGAGGCAGAAAUGAAGCCUCAUUGGGGAAGUUUAUUCCCUAGGCUAACGGUCUUAGGAGGGUAUGCAGAGUGACUUUAUAGGACUUAGCCCAGCUUAUGAUUGAGACUUCUGAUUUAAUACAGAAAGUGUAAGUCUGUAUGCCAUUUGAAUUGAUUAUUUCAUUGUGCCAAUAGAAAGACUAGGUAACUUAUAAAUAUCUAUUCUUUUUUUCCACCUUUUAUUGGUGCAUUAUAGCUGUACAUAAUGUUGGGAUUCAUUGUUAUAUAAUAGUACAUGCACACAAUAUAACAAUAUAAUUUGGCCAAUAUCAUUCCCCAGUCUUUACCUUUUCCCUCCUCCCUCCCUAUGGUCGACCAGCUUUUCAAUAUUAACUAAAUAUCUGUCAUUAAAGGGAAGAAUUUAGUAGAGUAAAAUUAAUGGAUGACUUAUGAUCCCUAAAAACUGGAGUUAGUGAUAGAAAUGCUGAUAGACAUUAGAGAAGGAUAGCUGUAGAAAACAAUUAUUUUGUUAUUCCUUUGUGAUCUAUAGUAAAUGGAAAAGUGCCCCCUCCACACACCAACUUCCCAUUGUAAUGUUUGAAAAUGGUUACUUUUUCUCAUGUUGAACUUUAAUCAGUAGGUAAGGGCCUAAAAGCCCAAGAUCCCCAACCAUAACCCAAGGCACACUGCCAUAGCACAGAACUGCACCAGCCUAGGAUUUUACUCAUGUCUGUUUCAAGUCUUUCUUUUUAGUUAAUAUGUUUAAACACCAAUUUUUCCCUCCAACAAACUUCUAUAUAUCAAUUCCCAUUUGAGUAAAUUCCUAAUAGAUUAUUGAUAAAGGUAAUUUUGGGUGUUUCAAGUAUUGUAACAAAAAAAACAGUGAAUAGAAUUUUGGAAUCUUUGCUUUCUGGAUUGAAGACUUAUCUGUUCAAUAGCCUUUAUAUUUGUUAUUCUUUCUUGCCCUAUGCCAAUAUUUUAGAGGUAAAUUUUGUAAAUUUAUUACAAAGCUUAUCAGUAUAUUACCAGUAACAGCAAUAACAACACACUUAUCCUUUAUCCAUCUAUGUUGUGUAUUUUGUGGAAAGUUAAGUGGUUAUAACAUUAUUCAAAUGCAAGAUUACUAGGCAGUAAAAGAUAGUUUUUUGUUUUGUUUUAAUGAACUUUUUUUUUUUUCAUGUAGUAACAGUCACAUCACUAUGUUAUCAACCAGGCCCAAUCCAUAAUCUUAAUAUGAAAGUAAAACUGGCACCUCUUGAUUUCCUGGUUUUGUGUUUUUGGGGUGGAGCUGACUCCUGAGUAUGAAGGUUGUGAUAGGAAAUAAUGUCAAUACCUGCAAGAAAAUGCUGGAAGAGGUGCAUUCUAUGUAUUUGUCUCUGUCUUGGGGCCCUACCCUAUUAAAAACUUGCAUUUAGAUGCAUGCUGAUCUUGGAUUUGAGCCUAGUUAGUCAAUUUUUGAUAUAUUACUAGUAUGUCAUCACACCUGUAUAGUGUUAUAUAAAGAAAAUUUGGCAACCCAGUGUUUGAAAAAUAAUUUCUAACAUUUUUGCCAAGUUAUUUAGAACCGAACUAUGACUAAAGCUAAUUGUCCUACUACUGACUACUACUGCCACCACUGCUACCAUCCUAGUUGAAUUGCUUUCCUACAUUGAUUUUUUUCACUUUGUCUCUGCUAUCACCAUAACUUUAUUACACAGACUUUAAAGUUCUCUUUCUUCUGUAAAUCUGUUCUUGACAUUUCCAAUUUAUGGAGACCUCUUCCUUUGGUGACCUCACAUCAUCUGCUUUAGUAUUUAUUUUUUGCUUUUAUUCUUUGUGCUAUUAUUGAAUUCUUAUUAGUUACAUUGUUCACAUGAUUAGAUUCUGAGCUCUUGAAGACCAACACUAGCACUAUUACCCCACAGCAUGAAUAAUAGUGUUAUGAAUGAAUGGACCAUUAGGCUGUCUCAAUUUUUCUCUGUUCUGUAAGGUGUCAGAGUUUCUUCUUAGUGUUUUCUUUUCCUGGUCUAAGCCUUCUAUUGCUCUAUUCUGGGCUACCUCUCAUUCUCUUAGAAUCUUCUGUUUAGGAAGGUUACAAGAUGAUUUUGGGGGAUUCUUGGACUAAUUUUUGGGGGGUGAUUUUUCACUUUCCUACCAGGAUCUGCCACACAAAUCCUAUCUAUUAUACUUUUAAUACUGAAUGAUUUAUUAGGAUGUUUGGUGAGUGUAUAUCCUAGAAGCAAUAGUUUGGAUAUGUAAAAAUCAAGGAAUCACUUAACCAGGUUUUUACUUUUGAUAUAAAAUAAAAAGGAAGAAGAAAAACAUUGUCAAGUUCUCAAACAUGAAUUUUCUUUCUCUGCUCUUUUGCUUACUAUGUUGCUUUUUUAGCUGGAUAGAAAUGGGGCAGGCAGAAGUACAAAUAAUUAAAAUAUCUUGUUAUGUAACUCACUGCAAAAUAAGGCUUAUAGUUAUUUUGCCACCUCAAAUUUUGUAUAUUCUUUCGAGUCAUAAUUUUGUUGACACGUAGAUAGGAAAUCUAGAGAUGUAGUAUAACUUGAUUUUAAAAGGAAAAAUUGAGGUAAGUGCUUGCACAAGGUCACACUUACAGUUAAAAGAAGUCAGAAACAAACCAACUAGGUAAUAAUAUGUAUAUCUAAAAAAAAUAAGACAGUACAAAGAGGUGUACUGUGAGAGAAAGGUAAGUUUGCUCCCUAGCCCAUCUCAGUUCUCCCAUUCUUCUCCCUGCUGGAGGCAAGCAAUUACCAGUUUCUUGGACUUUCAAGAGCUGCUUUAUGUCUAUAUAUCUAUAUAAAUGUAUACAUUCUCCUUUACACAAGUGGUAGCACAUUGUACAAACUUAUACCUUUUUUCACUUAAUAUAUCUGAAUAUUGCAGGCAUUCUUAUUUCUUGACCCAUGAAUUUUCCAUUUUAGUGCACUACAUAUUAUUUAGAUAAAUGGCUUUUGCUAACAAGAAUGAAUAGACUAUUAAAUAAUUCUUUAUUACUAGCAUAUCAAUUGAGUACCUUGUGUUUAACAUAAGUAGUAUUUCACAUUUCUUUUAGACAGAUCAUGGUCAUUGAUUUGUUUUAUGAUAAAUCACACUGAAGUUAACAAAUGAGAUAUUUCUAUAGUAGCUAUUUCUGCUAGUUACUAAAUAUAGCUAAUUGGGAUGUUUUAUUUUCAGUUUAAAAAAUAAGUGGCAGAGAUGAAGUUUUCGGAAAAAUCAUUUACAUUUAGAUUUGUGUAAAAGUCUGUAUGGUAUGCAUAACAGUUUAUCAGGGCCAGUGAGAAGCAAUGUUAUAAAUAUCAAUCACAAAGUUUUGUUUUAUUUUCUAAAUUUUUAAAUCUAAAACCUCAUGAAAAAUAAUAAAAAUAAUUUUUCAUUUGUUUCUAAAAUAAGUUUGUAAUGAUCUUUUUAUUUUUUGUGGUGCUGAGGAUUGAACCCAGGGCCUUGUGCCUGCUUGGCAAGCAUUCUGCCAGCUGAGCUAUAUCCUCAGCCCCCAUAAUGAUAUAGUCUUGAUAACUCACGAUCAUCUUGAUAAAAAUACACUCUUAAUUUUGAUCAUUCAUGUUUUAUUUUGGUUAGUUUAUUACUACAAUUAUUGCUUUAUUUUUCAGAGAUGAAUGAAACCUGUUAGACCUGGUUGAUUUUUAGAUCUUGGGAACCAUAUCGUGUCACAAAAAAGGAGUCCUAAAUAAAUGUGUCCCAUGCCAAAUGUCCAUGAUAGGAUUCAUAGAGAUUAAAUACUUAACAUUUGAAUUUUACUUUAGAUAAUUAAUCCUGUAUUCUUCCUAAAGAUGGCAGUACUUCUCAGUGUAUUAUUUAUAUUAGUGGAUAAUUCUGUGUGAAAAUACUAUAGUAUUAAUAACAAUUUCAACCACUGGCUGAAAAAAAGCUAAUCAGACUAAAAGCAUAUUGUCACAACACCAUCACAGUAGUUAAAAUUCAGUAGUAGAGCAAGUACAAUUAUGUCCUGGAGAUUUAUAGCAUACGUGGGUUAUCCUCAAACAUUAGGGAUCAUACAGUCCUAAUGGUUCUUAAUGCAUUCUGACUUCAGGAUUCUUGGUGCAAUAUAAUGAACUAAAGUCUUGUCAAGAAAUGCGAUGUCAUGUUAGGACUCUAUUAUAGAUCUCUUCUCUAUGGGAAUAACAUAAGAAAACAAAAACAGAAUAAACAAAGGAAAUCCCCAAGUAACAAUGUGUUGCAUAUAUUUGAGGACAUUUGCAAUGUUUUGAUAUUUAUAUUUAUUCUUUGAUGAAAGUUUAUAUUUUUAUAUAAACUAAGUUCUAUUUUAAUUUUUUCCUUUUGUUCAGGUAACUAAUUUUUUUUAAUAAACAAGACAAAUACUUAUUGAUGCUAUUUUAAAAAUGAACAGUUUCAGCCUUCUUCACUGUAAAAACUAAGCUCUAAAUUCGCAAGGUGGUGCUCUGGAGCAUGGAGAAAAACUAUUUUUUGUCGUCCUUUUCCACCAUUUUCAUUUCUAACAAACUGAUUCUUUCAUUUUUGUAUGCACACAUGUGCAUGCAUGUGUGAAAUCACAUGAAAUGGUAGUUCAGAGAAAUUGAAUAGUAAGACAGAGCAGGCUAGCUUCCCAGACUGGUCUCAUAGGUAACUUUGAAAUGGCCACUGUUUUCUAAGGGUGUCCCUGAUUAUUGGUUCAUCUAUAGAUGACUGGGUGCUAAAGGACUGUGUCACUGUAACCAGUCUCAUAGAUAUUGAUAAAUUCCAACAUGCCAGUUCUUUAAUUUGCAGUGACGAGUUUCCGGAACAAUAGCCUCUCAUGUUUGUGGGUCAGUUCAUUUUUUCCCAGUAGGCAAAUCUACAGAAAAAUAAACUGGAAGGUUGCAUGAUGAGCAUUGAAUCAGAUCUCAGUGUGAUACAUCAGUCUUCCCAUAGAAAUACAAUUUUCACUCAGACCAGAUGUUAAAUCUUCAGAGUACUCUUUCUACUAGAUCAGGCUGCAGAUACCUCACAUGGUCUUUUGCUUUCCUGAUUUCUUAUAAAGGUAUAAAUUAUCACCUUUAACACAUUUUUUCCUGAAUUUAAAACUGAUUUUAUUUAAUAAAAUUGAUCUAAUGUAUGUAAAACAGCCCAAUGUCUGGCAUACAGCCAAUAAAUGAUAACUUAUUAAGUGUAACUGGUACUGAGUUCACCUCAUUACUUGUAACGUCAAAGACAGUUUUUUGGACCAUUUCUGUAGACAUCUGACCCAUCUCAUCUUUUACAUUUUGAGUUAUUUUCAUGCUUUUAAUUUUUGUUUACUUUCUUAAUUCACUUAUCCUCAAUGUUGAAUCUGUGAGCUAAUUGGGACCAUAUCUUUUGGCUCUGCAUGAUUUUAUCUUUUGAGACUUUUAUUUUUAAAUUUCAGGUUGGUUUUUUUUUUUUUUUUUUUUUAUCUUGCCCCCAAAUACCCUGUUCCCAUUUCCCAUAGUUCUCCCAUCUGCAGUGUGAAUCUGUUGUAAGAUAUGAUCUUGAGGUUACUGCUUGGCUCCAGAAAACAUUUGAUUUUGUAUCUUAUUUGAGUAGAUGAUGUUAGUUAUUUCCACAAUCCCACAGUGGUGGGGAUUCGAACCCGGGCCUCCAGCAUGAGAGGCAGGCACUCUACUAGGUGGGCUAUAUGGCCCUCCUAGAUGAUGUUAGUUGUGGCUGUUUGUUUACCUUCUUUAGAGGCUCUGCUGAAAUUCUCAGAGUGGAAAGUUAAGUUUGAAAAUGGUAACUGCAUCUUAGAAUAGAAAGACUGCCAUGGCAUUGGCAGGUAAGGAUUGAAAGUCCAAGGGUGGAGGUAAUACAGUAACUGUAGAUCUGAUAAGUACACAGUUGAUAAAUUGAAACUUUUUGUGUGAAAAUGAUUAUAGAAAGGAAUGAUUCAAAUGAUUCAGUCUAGUCACCCCAGCAACAGUAGACACUGUUAGCCUUCUCUUCAUCCAUCUGGAGAAUGAGCUAUCCUUUUAAGAGUGACAAAAUAGAUUCAGGAAAAUGGAGAAAUUGUCACCAGUUCUUUCUGGUGUUUGUGAAAAUGUAGAUCAUGGUGCAUUUUUUAAGCUAGUGGUCUCAGAACCACACUUUGAGAACAGAGAGCAACCAUUUUAAGAGUUCAGAAGAGGGAUAGGUUAUUUCAGACUGCAGUAAUCAGGGAAAAUUAAUGAAAGAGAUUGGCUUUGGUCUUGGUCUUGAGAGAUGGACAACAUUUGAAUACAUAAGAAAGGGAAAAAACAUUUUUUAAUGGGUAAAAUGUCAAGAAUGAAAGCAUAUAAUUGAGCAAUAGCAUUUGUUUAGGGGAAUGGGAGGAUCAAAUAGUUUAUCCCAGAAGUUCUUAAAUAUGGUCCAUGAAAGAAAAUUGAGGCAGGACUCUUCAUCACUUGCCAGGUGCCUCUUGGUGCAUACAGCUUCAUGUUUCCAUGUGCUUUCUGAUGCUAGCAGAUCCAUUUUAGGAUACUUUUUGACCCUUUUUUUUUGGGGGGGGGGUUGCUGGGCAUCAAACCCAGGGCCUUGUACUUGCAAGGCAAGCACUCAACCAACUGAGCUAUCUCCCCAGCCCUAGGAUACUUUUUGGAAGCUGAAGACUGUCAACAUCUUCAAAGUACUCUCUUUCGCUGAACAUAUAGAGUGGAGGAGAUCAACACUCAGGGCAGAUGUCAAGUACACAGUAUGGUCUUCCUGCUUGAUGAGGAAAGGCCUGAGCACGUCAUUGUGCCUCAUUACUUUUUGUAUCAGCAGCUGUCACCAUCCUUCCAAGAAGUAUUGCCAGGAAAUUGGAACAGAAUAUGAUGUUUUUCUCUAUUAGAAAUUUGCUGACUUUCCAGAGGUCUUAUUUGAACUUGAAGGCAGAGUUGAUAAGUUGAAAUCCUUGGAGGAAUUUGGUGUUCCUUUACACAGGCUACCUUAAACUGGCAAAGGAUUAGUUCUGUAUACCUUUGUGAAUUAAGGAUUUCAACACUUGUUGCCUUGGGGAGAAAAGUCACAAUUGAUUAUCAAAGAUGAAGUAAGUAUUCCUAAUGUCACAGUUUUAUCUCAUUUUAGCUAAAUCUCUGAGAUUUGCUACUACGAAGUUAGAAUUUUUAGAAUUAUGUACUUUUUCUAGGAGGUAGCAAUUUUUUUCAUAAAAAUAUAACAGUGUGAGGGAGGAUUAUGCCCAGCAUAAUCGCUUGUAAAUUUUGCUUUUUAUAUAUUAUGUUCAGGGAAUCAGUUUCCAGGGCAUUUCUGCACAUGUUUUUGAAGGAAGAAAGCCACAUUUUAGUCAGGAUCUCAGACUGGUCUUUGGAUCCCCUCAAAGGUUAACAACAAUUGAUUUAGCUAGUGUGGAGUCAGUGGGAUGCUCUGGAUGAAUUUGAGCAAAGGAAUGACAGGAAAUAAGAAAAUUCAUCUGAAGAAUAUGGAAAGAAAAGCUUUCAGGAUCACAGGGUGAUUUAGGGAUUCAGGUUAGCCCUAGGAUAUGAGUCAUCCUAAUGAUCUGAAAAUAAUUUUCUAGGUAGUGCUCCUCAAAGGUAGGAACCUUGGGUUAUCUUUUUUGUUCUUAGUGUCUGAGCUUAGUGCCUAAGACAAAACAGCAUUCCAAAAAUGUUGAAUUAAGUUGAAAUCACUGUAUGAACAUGAAAACUGGACUGUAGUACCAAUAAUAAAUGCUCCUUGGUCUUAUCUGUAUUUAAUUCUGUUUUAAAGUCAUUUAGUAUCACAAGGUUUUUGAGAGAGAAGACUUCAUUACAAACUCCUGUAACCUUAAUCUUUUCAGGAAUAAUUAACACAAACUAUUGGCCUCUUAGGAUUUAUUUUCUUUGUAGAUUUUAUUUAUUUCUGAUAAUUUUUUACUAAAGGUAUUCUUCCAGAUAUGAUAAUUUAGAGGGAAAGAAACUUGCAGGAUGUCAUGACUAAUUAGUUGAUCAUCUAUUUAAGCAGCAAAGUAGCAUUCCAAUAAACAUCUAAUUUUUUAUUUGCUCAUCAUUAAAUUAGUCUGACAACUCUGAGUUAACUUUGGCUUAAAAUAUCAUUGAAACUUAUGUGUUUUCUAUUAAUUUAAUAUCAAAAGUCCUGGUACCAUAUCCCCAAGGUUGUUAUUUCCUUUAGGCAUUUUCCUGGAAGAAAGUUUAGCAAAACAGAUUCCCUAGGUAAACUUAACAUUUAAAUUCAUUAUGAUUGAAAGAGGAGGAUAUUAAGUUCAGGCUGAAGUUCAUUGUAACAUUUUACUAUUGUUUCCAUUGAAUUCUUUUAAAUAGAGUAAAGAGAAAAUUAUUGAAUUACUAUAAAAUAUUGGUAUGAUCUAAAACAUGUUCCAAAAAUAUGGUAAAUUUUUCUUUUUUUCUAGCAAACUUUGUGUUCCCAAGUCUGUGGAAAUUACAAUUCAAAUUACAUCUUUCAAAAGUCCAGAAACAUUUUCUACAGAAAAUAAAGUAGAAAGUAAUAGAGUAAAAGGUAAUUAAAUUAGAAAGUAAUAGAGAAAAGGUUUUAACUUCAUAAAAGACACUGGUUUGUUUAACUUUGUUAACAAGGGAUAAACUAAUGUUGAUUUAUUCAGAACUUUUGAGGAAGAUAGACUAAUUCUGUGAACCUCUUUUGGGGUACUGAGGAUUUGAACCCAGGGGUGCUUUACCACUGAGCAACAUCCCCAGUCCUUUUUAUUUUGAGACAGGUUAAAUUUUGCUGAGGUUGUAUGGAACUUGCCAUCCUGUCCCUGUCUCAGCCUCCCUAGUUGCUGGGGUGCGCCAUCGUGCCAGGUAGAUCAUCCAUUUUUGUUGAAAAUCUUUUCCUGUCCACCAUUUCCCUAUACCGUAUAAAAAUACCAUUUUCGUAAAUUGGAACUGGGAUAAAAUCAAUGGAUGCAGAAUGGAGUAAAACUACUUCUUUCUAUAAAGAUAAAAUAUGCCUAUUGUAUAAAAUUUGGGAGACAUAAGUUAGAAAAAAGAUUACCUGCAGCCUCAACACCUGGCGAUGGCCGCUUAACAUUUUGGUUUGUUUUUCUCCAUUAUUUUAUACACGUGUGUAUAAACAGGUACAUCCACACACUACCGAUGAAGAUGAAACAUUUCCCCAUCAUAUUUAGUAUAUUUUUCUGUAUCACUGGGUAUUAUUUCACAGCAUUAAUUUAAUAGACUAGUAUCCACUCGAAGAAAAAAUUACAAUGCCUUAUGGUCGGCUAAAGACUAUUUCCACUGUUUUUGAGUCCCCGUGGUCCCCUUUCCGUUUCGCCUUCCUUCUGGUUGUGCUCUUGCGGGGAUGCGCUGGGCACCCCACCUGAACUCACGUGCGCUCCCAGUGACUCCGCAGGGGACGCUCACACGGGACUUCCUGGGUCUGGGGCACAGCUUUAGGGGUCCUGAUGAGUCCUCCCACUCGGUGGGAGUGUCGCGGUAGAACCCGGGGUGCCGCCCUCCGCAGCUCCGUCGCACGGGAGCACCGGAGGCCGAUGGCGGCACCUCGCCGCCCGCCUGGGUUUCCGCUCCCGCCGAGCGGCGAGGCGCCCGCAGUUUCCUGCUCGUUUCUAACCGGCGUGUCUUUGUCUUUCCUCCCUGGGGUCCGCUGCUGCCCGUGCCCGCCGGUCGAAGCCUGGCGAAGCCGUCGCCCCGCAGCACCGCCGCCCUGCGCCCGCCCGCGGGCGCCGUCACCACGCGCCAGGCCGCCGCCAGCUGCCGCGCCAAGCUCCGCGGCGGCGCCGCCCGGGAGCGCCAGCACGCGCGCGGCCU